UCCAAUGGAACCGCGUGUUGUAAAUGGAAUUCGCAUUCGCCCCAUGACAUUGGACGACUAGAAAGAGGUUAAAGAAGUUUUGGGUAGAACGUUCUAUGUGGACGAGCCACUAUGCAUGAUCUCUGGUAAGAAUAUGCAGACACACUUUGAGCAAGAGCAGGAUGCAUAUCACCUAUCAAUGGUCGAGCAGAAUACCUGUGUCGUGGCUGUGGAUGAGGGCGAGAGCAAUAAGAUUGUCGGUGUGGUGCUGGCAGGCGCUCAGGUGCCCAGCGAUCUGGAAAAUCAUCGACUAAUGGCAGACAAGUACGGAAAAUUCUACAAGUUCAUGUCUGAGAUCGAAAUGGAAGUGAAUAUCUUCAAGAGGCAUGGAGUCUCCAGGGUUCUCUACUCACACAUAACCGCCGUGGAAAGGUCAAUGAGAGGCAGAGGACUGGGCACGCGACUCACCACAGCUGCAAUGGAAGUGGGUCGCACGAUGGGAUUCCCCUUGUUUGUUGCUUACUGCACGAGCUUCUACUCGGCACGCCAAAAGCAGGCCUUGGGCAUGAAGUGCAUCCACGCUGUGGCCUAUGCGGACUAUAAGAACGAACGUGGCGAAGUGGUGUUUGAGCCACCAGCACCACACACGCACGUCCGCUAUAUGAUGGGUAUUCUAUGAACCCAGAGAGACUAAAUGUAUUAUUGGAAACCCUUAACCCAUUUAUGGGUUAACAUUAUGUGCGAUCCAAGCAGAAAAACAUUAACAAAUUGUCAAAAUACGUGAACAUAUUUGGUUAUCUCAGUACGAUCAACCAUCUGUCUGUCUGUCUGUCUCUUUGUCUGUCCAUCUGUCUUUUUACCUGUGUGUUCAAUUAUUUCUUGGCGGCACUUUUGUGACGCAUGAAAUUUUAAUGAGCUUGCGGUUAUUAAAUGUAGAUAGGCACACACCCCGUUUGAUGAACCCGUCGCUUGGAAUUUCUAUUAUGCUUUACACAGCGCACAUUUAAAAGCUUUUUACGUUGCCUUUGGUACUCAACUGCAGGGGGAAAGCCCCUGUUUUAGGCAGUAUGUAAAGUGUAUACAAUUGUUUGCGAAUAUUAUAAAAGAGCUUAGUCUAACUCCAAACAGUUACACAAAUUAGUUUAUUAUAUAUUGAAAGAGCUAAAGUUAAUUCGACUUUAAUUCAGCUUGAGGGAUAGUUUUGAUUAUUUAAUUAAUCAAAAUCGAUAAAGUUAUAAUAAAUUUAAAAAGUUAAUAUAAAAGU